AAGAGCGCGCGAUAAAAACCUCGACUCUUCAAAUGAGGAGCUGAAGAAAAACUAUAUAAAUACCACCUUCAAUGAACUGAAACUCUUGAAUGUCUUCUGCAUUUUAUUUUCUUCCUUGCCAAACAGCGACCUCUCUCUCUUCAGAUCUCCGUAGUAGCAAAUCAGAUGGAAGAACCACAGAAAGGAACUUCGUCGGCCAACGCAAAAGAGACUAAGUCAUUUCUAGAUGAGGACAUCGGAAAGGAUUUCCUCAGCUCCUGGAAAUCAAUGUCAGUUGCUGAUGAUGACGCAAUGGAUUUUAGCUUUAAUACAGUUUCCAGCGGCAAGAACAAAUUCAAUUUCGAAAAACUGAACAUGGAUUUCAAUCUGGAUGGAGAUUUUGACAAAUUGUCAUCUUUCAAGGUGGACAUGUCAGAUUUUGAUCUCUCAGCCCCAUCAAAGAAAGCUACAAGACUGAAAGAAAGACUAGAAGAUGAAUCUUCAACUGAAAAUCGUUAUACGACGGGAGGAGUGACCCGGACGUUCAAGGUGGACAUGUCAGAUUUUGAUCUCUCAGCCCCAUCAAAGAAAGCUACAAAACUGAAAGAAAGACCAGAAGAUGAAUCUUCAACCGGAAAUCGUCAAGGGUUCAAUUUCUCAUUCGACUUUAAUGAGCUGGAUAGUUUUAAUUUCGAGUCCUCGUUGGCAAAAGAAGAAAAGGCUUCUAGCAAAAAGCAAGAUGAUACAGAGAAAAUUUCUUCAGAUGGAAGUGGAACCGAGGGUCCAGGUUCAAAACUUCAACUUGAUGACAUAGCCAUGAAACUUCCAACAUCAGAGGAUGUGACGACUCCCAAUAGUGAAGCUUUGUUGUGUGGUCCAGGGAAUCUUAAGUCCACGAAAAAGGAUCAAGCAAUGGAUGUGUCUUCUGGAGAUUCUAUUUUGUUAAAUAGUGCUAGAUCUUCUCCAGAAAAAGCAAUGAGUAAUAGCACAGAAGCUAUAGAUCAACAAAUUCACCUGUCCGAGAAGGCAAUUUCCAAAGAAAGAUAUUCUCAGCACGCCGUUCUCAACUUUCCUGGUCAAUCUUUUAAUGGUGUUGAUUCAAACAGAGAUACCCUUAAAGAUGAGAAGACUGAAAGUUGUCAAAGGGGCAAUGGAGUGCAUAUCACUUCAAGUCGAAGAGAAGAUGUAAAUGACAAAAUGAUGGAUGGUGUAUCAUCUUAUCAUGAAGACUUACCCUCGAAGAAUUCGUCUCCACCGAGUAUCUCUAAUUCAGGAAAAAAUAAAGGCUGGAUGAAUAAGUCAGGCAGUGAUGUAUCAACAGUAAAUGUGGACGGUAAUGAAUCAGCUGAAGGUGAUUUAGAUCUAGAAGAAAAUUCCAUCAGCUCUAUCUCAAGGAAAGCUCUACAUGAGAUCAAAAGCAGUAAGGAAAACUGUACUUCAAGAGCAGAGCUUCCUGAGGCUAAUCUAUGCAGGGAGGGCUUCAGUUCUGAUCGUUUACCAAAUGGGUCCAAACUAGUUGGAAAAUCCCACCUGUAUGGAGAAGAAGCAACAAGAAGGCUACCUGUUAUACCUGCAAGUGACAAGAAAAUUAAGGAUCAGAAUACUUUAGACCUCCAAGUUUCUCCUUCCAGCGCAUCAGAGAAGCAGGGUAAACUUACUACUCAGACAUGUGCAAAUUCCAAACCUUUUGUCCCGAGCAUGGAGUCUGUGCAGAAUUCAAGGGUCAAACCAAUUGAAGGGAAUAAACUCUUGCUUGUCAGAGCUGGCAAGAAGAUGCCUGAUCUUGCUACCAUGAAAAUUUCCAAAACUACAGUGGAAGCUUACAAAGUUUCAUCGGAUUCUACUCAGAAAGAAAGUGGUUUCCCGAGGAACACAGAACAAAACGUGGAAGUAGAUGGAAGUACUGCAUCAGAGACUUCCCAUCCCUUCAAGAGCAAUGAAAAAAAGUCGCUGAUGAACUUGUCUUUGAAGCGAAAAACAUUUGAGUUAUCCAAUUCAGAUCUAUCAUGUCAGAAGCCUCUAAAGCGUCUUUCUGAGUCGCUGCCCAAAAUCAGAGAUCUUAAGGAACCUCUUAAAAGGGUUGCUGAAGAAAAGUUUUCUACUGCAGGAAAGAGCUUAAAGACUUUGAAAUUCCCUCCAGAGGGAGUUAGUGAAAACAGAGAUAUCAAGGAACCUUUGAAAAGAAUUGAUGUAAAGGAGUCUUUCAAAAGAAUUGAUGUAAAGGAGUCUUUCAAAAGAAUUGGUGUUGAAAAGGUUUGCAUUGACAAGAACCACGUAGAGAGUAAGACCAAGAGCAUUAUCUACAAUGUUCCAGCCUCUGCAAUUGACAGUCCUCAACAGGUUAAUAUGAUGGAAUUUGAAAUUUCAUCAGUAAUGGAGAAUGAUGGAAACGUUGAAAAGGCUGAAGCAUAUGCAAAAGAGCUAGAAGAUAUUUGCAAUAUGCUGAAGAAGAAACACGAGGAAGCCAAAGAAAUACUCGUACGGGCAAUUGUGAACAACAAUAAUCUACUCAUGCUGAACCACCCCAUCUCUGAAGAGAAGAUCUACAAGGUCCAGAAAUUUGCUGCAGACCUGAUGUCCAAGGAGAUUAAAGUGUGAUAGGAAGGAUCAAUAGUUCUCACAUAAAGGUAUGCUUCUAUGCCUUUCUUACACUGUCACUGACAUAGAGAUGCUUAAAGAAAUAGUUAUUUUGGUUCAUAAUAAGGCAAGCAAUUCCUUUUCGAACUAUGUUGUGCCACAUAAUGUUCGAUGGACGCCAUUGGAGUUUGUUGUGCUCAAUGGAAUGUAA